AUGAAUAAUAAAGAAAUUAGAAUAGGUGCUCUAUUAGUAUUAGAUACUAUAUUCUUUUUAUUAGAAGCAAUAAUUGGUUAUUCAGUUCAAUCAUUAGCUUUAAUAGCAGAUUCUUUUCAUAUGUUAAAUGAUAUAAUUUCAUUAAUUAUUGCAUUAUGGGCAGUUAGAGUUAAAAAUUUAAAACCAGCAGAUGCAAAAUAUACUUAUGGAUGGCAAAGAGCUGAAAUUUUAGGUGCUUUAAUUAAUGCUGUUUUUUUAAUAGCUUUAUGUUUUACUAUAAUAAUGGAUGCUAUACAAAGAUUUUUCCUGCCUACUGAAAUCUCAAAUCCAAAAUUAAUUUUAGUUGUUGGUAUUGCAGGAUUAUUAAGUAAUGGAAUUGGAUUAGUUUUAUUUCAUGAACAUGGACAUUCUCAUCUGCAUGGUGGAAGUAGUAGUGUUGGAGGACAAUCACAUUCUCAUGCUACUAUUGAUGAAGCAAAUAUUGGAAUUGAUGAUAAUGAAGAAACUCCAUUGAUAAAAAAUGGUAACAAUCAAAAUAUUCAUAACACUUUAAGAUCUAGUCCUUCUGAAGUAUUUGAUUAUUUUCCAGAUAAUGUAGUUGAAAGAUAUAAUUCAGCAUCAAUAAGUGUAAAUAAUGAAUCAAAUCAUUCACAUUCUCAUGAUAUAAAAACUACUAAUCAACACACAAAACAAGACAACACUAAAAAAAGAAAAUCUAUGAAUAUGGAAGGUGUAUUUUUACAUGUAUUAGGUGAUGCAUUAGGUAAUGUAGGAGUUAUAAUAACAGCAUUAAUAAUAUGGAAAACUAAUUAUUGGUGGAAAUUUUAUUCAGAUCCAAUAACAUCAUUAGUUAUAACAUUAAUUAUUUUCAAUUCAGCAUUACCAUUAUGUAUAAAAUCUUCAAAAAUUUUAUUACAAGCAACACCACCAUAUAUAAAUUCAGAUGAAAUUGUUAAAGAAAUUAAAGAUUUACCAUUAGUUAAAAAUAUUCAUGAUUUUCAUGUUUGGAAUUUAAAUGAAGAUAUAUUAAUUGCUUCAUUACAUAUUGAAUUAACAGCAAAUUGUGAAAUUAAUUUACCAAAUAAUAAUACUACCAACACUACCAAAGAUAGUAAUAAUAAUCAAUCAAUAAAUAAUCAAAAUGAUUCACAAGAAAGUAUAGAUUCUUCAAAUGAUGAAACAACUAUGCAAAUAGAUAGAAAAUUAUUUUUAAUAGUUGUAUCACAAGUAAGAGAUAUAUUACAUAAAUUUGGAGUUCAUUCAGUUACAAUACAACCUGAAUUUCCAAGUACUAAAAAAUCAAAUAAUCAAUCAAAUAAAAAGAAUAAAAAAGAUAAACAUACCAACAAUAAUAGUAACGAUGAAUCAAAUACUUUUGGUAAUACUUCUAAAUCCAUAUGUUUAGUUGAUGGAUAUACUAAUUGUGAUACAGAAAGCUGUCAUUAA